UCUUUUCCUCUCUUUCUCGUUAUCCAGCAGACCCCGUCCACUCGACAGCUGAUUAAGUUUUCUUAGUUAGCGCCUUAAUUAAUAUCCCCUCGAAUUCCUCUUAGUCUUGCUCAAGAUGUGCAACCAUAAUCUCAAGCUAUCAACCAAGGUUCCCAAUGCCUUGCUCCACAACCUCAACCAAAUGAACACGCCCGCCAACACAACCCCGAGCUCGCCAAAGAGGGCCCACUCUCCCAAAAGCCCUCCAUCUCCGCCGUCAAAUCUCCACCCCAAGGCCCACGACACCCACUUCCCGCUCAACUCGCCAAAGAAGCCCAGCCCGAAAAGAGCCCAUAAGAAGCCCACCGGCGGCCCAAGGCCCAUCUGCUCCACCUCCAAGCUUCGCAAAGAAGGUGGCGCCCAACGUGAAGAGGAGCCGGGGGUUCUGCAGGGCUUCGCAUUAAUGGCGAAGAGCUCGUCGGAGCCGCGGAAGGAGUUCAGGGAGUCCAUGAUGGAGAUGAUCAGGGAGAACGGCCUGAUGACGGUGAAGGACCUCGAAGAACUGCUUGAGUGCUACUUGUGUUUGAAUUCUAAGGAGUAUCAUAGAGUAAUUAUUGAGGUGUUCGAGGAGAUUUGGUUUGAUAUCGUUGAGUUGAAUGUGGAGUUUGGAGUUUAGAGGGGAUCUACGUGUACUUGUACAUUGUCUUGUAGUAAAAUCAAGUUAAUGUGACGACACUUGAGACUUUUUUCAAACUCUCCA